UUGAAAACUGCGCUUCAAUACAGAUUUCCUUUCUUUUGUAGAUAAAGAAAAUGAGAAAGAGAAAAAGUCCGUGAUCUGUGUUGAGGGCAAUAUAGCCAGCGGGAAGACGACGUGCCUGGAGUUCUUCGCCAACACAACAGACAUCGAGGUGAUUCCGGAGCCUGUGCACAAGUGGAGAGAUGUCCGUGGCCACAAUCCUCUGGGUCUGAUGUACCGUGAUGCCUGUCGAUGGGGCCUCACGCUGCAGACAUACGUGCAGCUCACCAUGCUGGACCAGCGCACUUGUCCGCAGACGUCACCUGUACGAUUAAUGGAGCGGUCGAUUCACAGCGCAAGAUACAUUUUUGUAGAAAACCUGUAUAGAAGCGGGAAGAUGCCCGAAGUGGACUACGUGGUUUUGUCGGAAUGGUAUGACUGGAUCGUGAAGAACAUCGAUGUGUCCGUGGAUUUGAUAGUGUAUCUCCGGACCACUCCCGAGACCUGCUAUCAGAGGUUAAAGAUGAGAUGCAGGGACGAGGAGAAGGUCAUCCCACUGGAAUACCUGGAUGCUAUUCACCACCUCUACGAGGAAUGGCUCACCAAAGGGGACCUUUUCCCUAUAGUGGCCCCUGUUCUGGUGAUUGAGGCUGACCACGACAUGCAGAAAAUGUUUGAACUCUUUGAACAAAACCGGGACCGGAUAUUAACUCCAGGGAAUCGGACACAUGGUCCAUAGGACAGGAAAGAUCCUGCCAGAAAAAUGCCCGCUGCUGCCAAGUGAGCCCUUGGGAGCGAUGUGGAAAAUCUCCUCUUGGGAGGGCUUUGCUUUCCCAAUGGUCUUUCUCCUUUGCUGGUGUCUUUCUCCUGGUUUCUGGCCCUAGGGGGUAAGUGACGCGCGGGGCCACUGGGUUUGUCAUGCCUUUCAGUGUGUGCAGCCUUGCUGGGCCCCUCUAAUGAAGCCCUGAGGAAGGGCUGGCUGACAUCAUGCUGGGCCCCUGGUCUCACCCCUCAGGCCACACAGGAGGGUGAGAGUGGUCUUACAUCCCUGAGUUGAAGCUCAGAGAGGCUAAGGGACUCCCCAAGGUCACACAGCCAGGGAGUCGGCAUCAUCCAGCCUUCUGGCAAUUCCAAAAAUGUAUCCCUGCCCCAGGCCGCCUGUCCUGAGAGCCCCACAUCUGCGUGGGGAGAGCCAGCAGUGCCUGGGGCAAAGGUCAUCGUUUUUUUAUGAUUUCAGCAGCUCUCAGGACAACAGCAUUUCUAGACAUUCACAAAAUUAUGCCGUGUUUGGCCCAAGGCCAGCGUUCAUUGGUUUCUCAGCACAGGCCACUGUGGCAUUUACACCUGGGCAACCUGGGCUUCCAUCCGUGGGAGGAUUCUUCGUUGGCUCUGAAUGGUGGUUGGUCUCCUGCUGAUGAAGGUCUUGCUGCCGUUCCCUCUCAGGGAAGUGGCCUGUGGCCCCUGGCUGGUCUGCCCAGCACCGAGCAGUCAAGGGGCCUCCAGCCCUGGCUUCCGAGGCUCCCUUACCCCAUAGUGGCCUUAUGUGCGACUGAGAGUUUGUUCCCGGGAGAGGGGGUCGUGGGGAGGAGAGAUGCAAGGGGCCUUAAGCCUUCCGAUCCAAGGGGACACCUUCAACCAUAAAGCAUGAACCAUCUUUAUUGGUUCAGAAAAGAUCUUAGCUUCGCUCAGCUGUAACAGUGCAUUGAGGCACAGCUGUCCCUUGAGUCACGUGGGAGCAAGAGGAAGGAAGCACGUUCUCCGGGACAGUCUGGGUGGGAAAGCCGGGCUUGCAGGCAGAGCACUUGGAGCGCUGGAGGGUGGAGGAGAGCAGAGGCCUCUAGAGCAGCGGUUGCAAACACAGGGAGGGGCCGUUGUGAACUCGGGGGAGGCAGGCCUGGACCCCUCCCUCCCUGAGAAGUGGUUGGUGGAAAUGAAGGUUGGGAGGCCUUGUUCCGGCCUCUGUGGGUGUGGCACCCGGCACCAAAUAGGUGGCAGGUGCUCCCAGUCCCAGAGGGAGGCGAAGGGGGCAAGCACGCUGGCUUUAGCCCUUCCUGUCUGGACUGCUUCUUGGGCUGUGUGGGCGGGAGGAGGGGCAGCAACCCAAAUGAUUGACUGGGAACCUGGAGGAGGCGGAGCCCCUGCUACCAGGACCCUUCACAUGCGGGGCCAUCUCUGAGAAUUUGUAUGUGAUCGGGCCACUGUUUUUCCCACGGCUCAGUCUGAGCAUCUGUUCUGGGGGAAAUGUGAUUUUUUUUUUUUUUUAAAUCUCGCUUUGCAGCAGCCAAUAAAUCCUGCACCUAAAAGCUGA